AUUGUUCCAUUUACGCGAUCGACACUUCACUUUCCUGGCAGCUGUCUUGGGUUAUAGGCUGAUACCCUUCUGGUGCCUAUGACAUUAGGGUGCACUUGCAACUAGUAUUUGCAUUACAUAAUACUGUCCUCGUGAAGGUCUUCUCCGUCGCCCACAACCUCUUCUACAUCGUGUCAUCGUCAUCGUAGCCAGUGGAUACCCAAUGGGAAACGGCGCCAAGGCUGCUCAGAAACGAGAGCGCAAUGCUAGCAAACAAGCUGACAAAGGGCCCACCAGCCGGCUCAAGGUCAACGAGGCUGCCAAGAACAUCGUCUGUCAGAUAUGCAGACAGACCUUUUUACUGACCACGCGUGCACCUGCGUUGGAGGAACAUGCGACGAAUAAGCACUCCAAAUCACUAGCUGAGUGCUUCCCCGGCUACACUGGCAAGUAACCCUGAUAACGCGCGGCCCACGUGUGUUGUAUGGAUAAUUUCAAUGACGUAUCUUGCUCUACGAGCGCACGCAGCUGCACGACUCCUGAAAUGCUAUCAUGCCGAGGUAAUUGGUUGGAUGAGGGGUGACGAGACUACCAUACAGAAC